UGCUCAGCACAGUUCAAAGUGCUGCUUACGGUUGGUCUUUACGCAAAUCGCGUUUGUGAAUAGCCGGAGCGUAGCGUGUAGGGUUUGUGUGGCUGGUUCGCUCCUGUUUCAGUGGGCCACACGGGGAAGGUAAAUAAAGACAGCACGGUCACCAGCGCCACAUUUACCCGUCAGGUACCGACAACCACUGGGCCGUUAACCUCAGCUGUCUCUUUAGGGCCUGCUGCGCUCGGUCGUGUUUUGUCUAAACUCCAUUGCUCUCGGGAUAAAAGGAGAAAGAGAGGAGAAGAGAGGUGACAACAUCGCCUGUGCAGUGUGACAGAUACAUGAAGGAAGCAGGUUGUUUUGGGAUUAUUGCGAAACGGCAGCAAGUCUGGAUAAGCUGAUGGAACAUAUGUUUAUGCCAGUGGAAAGGUAGCUCAGCCCGCAGGAUUAAUCUGAAGCCGAUGAUUCAUUGUCUUUCAGUCCCUGUUCAGGCUGGAGACGCUUUUGUUUGUGGCAGAUAUCUCAAGGUGUUAGUUUGAUCCAGCUUGACGGUGUUUUGCCAUGGCGAUGCGGGAGUUAGUGGAGGCAGAAUGUGGGGGAGCCAAUCCCCUCAUGAAACUGACUGGUCACAUGACCCAAGAGGGAGGGGCUUGGAGACACCGAUCAACACCCACUAUUCCUCCUACUUCAAUUGAAAUAGCCACUGAAGAGGAGCUGGUCAGUGAGUUUCUACAGGCCCCGCAACGACCUCCUCACAGUUUUGAUAUGGGUCAACUGCUGGAGGAAAUGCAGCAGAUAGAUCAACAGAGCUACAGACAGGCUCCACAGAGAGCUCCUGACGUGGCUGCUCUGGCGCUGUCUGGCGAUUGGGCGGCGGAGUUCCUGUCUAGUGCUGACUCCGCCGCUUCUUCUGGACAAGCUGGUCUGGAUCCAGCUGAUGCUGAUUGGACCAGAGAAUUCAUCAAUGAAGUGGCAGACCCUGGCCGCUGGGCAGAGGAGUACCUGGAGCAAUCAGAGGAGAAGUUAUGGCUGGGAGAUUUGGGAGAAAGAGAACAGGACAAAGAAUGGACACAAGAAUACCAGUCAGGUGAAGAAUUACGGCAAACAGCGAAUGAACUCCUCGCCAAAGUGGAUGACCCUAAACUACAGAACACAGAGUUCCUGCGGUUCAUUAGGCAGAUUGGCGAGGGCAGUGUGACUGUGGAGGACAGAGCAGGAAAAGAGAACACUGAUAAAGCACAGGCCAAGGAGGCACAGCACUGGGCCUCCGGCAUUAACCAGGUUUCGGCAGAAUCUGCAGAAUCUUGGGUAGAUCAAUUCACUGCUUACGGGCCAGACUUCCAGCAGGCCAAAGCAGCGGUCGAGAGUGAUGUUGAUUUCUGGGAGAAACUCCAGCAGGAGUGGGAGGAAAUGGCGAAGAGGGAUGCUGAAGCUCACCCUUGGCUCUCAGAUUUCGACCAGAUGCUCAGCAGCUCUUAUGACAAGGGAUAUCUGUUUGAAGAAGACAACCCGUACCUGUCCCAUGAUGAUCCGUUUGCUGAAGGCAUGAAGAGGAUGGAGGCGGGGGACAUUCCUGGAGCCGUCCGUCUCUUUGAGAGCGCGGUUCAGAGAGAGCCAGAAAACCAGCUGGCUUGGCAAUAUCUGGGCACCUGCCAGGCAGAGAACGAGCAAGAGUUUGCUGCUAUCAGCGCCCUCCGCAGAUGUAUUGAGCUGAAAAAGGACAAUCUGACGGCUCUCAUGGCUUUAGCUGUGAGCUUCACCAAUGAGUCACUGCACAGACAGGCCUGCGAGACGCUCCGUGAUUGGUUGAGGCACAACCUUAAAUACCGGCAUAUCCUUGAGCAGCAUGAACGAGAGAAGGAGCGGGAGAGUGUGAGGGAGAGGGAGAAAGAGAGGGAGAGAUUUGGAUCCCUUCUGCCAGAGGCGCUGUUUAAUGAAGUGCAGACAUUAUUUUUGAGUGCAGCGGCCGCUGACCCCACACAGGUGGACCCUGAGCUGCAGUGUGGUCUGGGCGUUCUCUUCAACCUCAGCGGAGAGUAUGACAAGGCUGUGGACUGCUUCUCUGCUGCCCUGUCUGUGACGCCACAGGAUUAUCUGCUGUGGAACAAGCUGGGAGCGACUCUUGCUAACGGGAACCGCUCAGAGGAGGCAGUCGCUGCUUACAGACGUGCGCUGGAGUUACAGCCUGGAUUUGUACGUAGCCGAUAUAACCUGGGCAUCAGCUGUGUCAAUCUGAGUGCACACAGGGAGGCUGUAGAGCACUUCCUAGAGGCCCUUUCUCUGCAGCGACAGGCCGCAGGUGAUGGAGAGGGAGGUGCGGGUCGAGGACCAGGUUCAGCAGCCACUGUGAUGUCAGACAACAUCUGGUCCACAUUACGCAUGGCACUGAGCAUGAUGGGAGAAAGCUCGCUUUACUCAGCCGCCGACCGGCGAGAUCUGGACACACUGCUGGCGCACUUCUGCCAGAGAGAUGGAGAGACAGAAUGAAGGAUGAAGGAGCACAGGAAGAUAGAAUGCGAGUGUGGAGAAGCCUGUUCGGGAGAGAAAACAACAAGAUUGGAGGUGUACAUUUCAACAGAAGGCAUGACUUUUGAUGGUGCUAAAAUGUGAGGAGAUAAAAAAACGAGUGUGAAAAAUCCAUUUAGCUCCAGCACUAUGUUAACGGACAGACUGAUGAACUGAUGACUGUCCUUGAGAAAAAGAUGUUAAAAAGUCCUUGGUACAAACUUGCUACACAAGUUUUUUGUCACAAGUUUACGCUUACAGAGAAUCUGUUUUAAUGUUCCCAUUUUGUUAAUCUUGAAGAUUA